AUUGACAGUGUUGGUCCCCACAGCUUCUCGGGGUUGGCACCAUGGGAAGAGGAGGGGGAGGGUAAGAGGAAAGAACCAGGACGAGUUGAGUCCGUCACCCCUGCAGCCGGCAGGGGGCGUGUCGGUUCGGCUCGCAUCGUUGCUGUGCUGCUACCUCGCUUUACGGCUCGAUGCACUGGGCGGCAGCGGUUGCUAUGGGGACGAAGCUUGGGUGGCAACUGUAGCUAGGGAGUGCGUGAAGCCGGAGGUGGAGGCCGCUGGAGGUCCAGGAGGACCUGGCCUGUUGAGGACGAAGUGGGUGCGCUCUAGGAACCGGAGCAGGCAUUGCACACCACAUCAGUAGCUAGGAAAUCAGAACCGAAAGCGGGCCCGCUGAUUACUGUAGUCGCAUAUUCUCUAAAGGAAACUACACGGAAGAAUGUCAGAUCCAGAAGAAAAUGGAGCAAAAGAAAAGGAAGAGAAAGAAUAUAAUCAAAAUUAUAACGAAGUAGAAAACACGGGACAGAAAUCAUCUGAUGACACAUCAGGAUGGACAGAGUCUCAGGAGGACUUGGGAGGGGAAGAGCUGGAGAAGAAGGAGCCCAUCGAGGAAGAGGAGGAGGCAGAGGAGAAAGAGAAAGGGGAGGAGGAGGAGAAAGAGGAGGAGGAACCCCCCGUGGAGCGCACUCCCGAGGUCCUGAGCGCCCCCCAGUACAGCCUGCUGGGCACCUUCCUGGAAAUCCUUGGAGAUUCCGGCUCCAAGCAGUCACUGCGGUCAGACAGCUCCGGACCAUGCGAGCUCUUCAGAGGCCUCAGCUCCAACCAUGACUAUGUGGAUGUGGGCCGAGUCCCUCCUGACAGACAGCAGACGGGUUCCUCAGCUGAGCUCGAGGACAGAACCCAUCUUGAGGCCCAGGACCAACUGGGACAGGAAGAAAGAGACCUGGGCUGGAAACAGGAAGGUGCUGGAGGAGGAAGGGGUAAGGAGAGGCACAGAAAGAGAUUAUCCAACUUCCUCAGCGAUGAGGAAAUGGGACUCCAGGCUGAAGCAGGAGCCUCCAGGGAGUCCCUGGUAUCCAGCUCCACAGAGGACACCUUGUUCCAGAAGGACAAGGGCGCCCAGGUGUACCCCUUGGCCCUGAGCUGGUCCUUCGGAUGGAACAGCUCACUUCCUGUCUUCUACAUCCGGGAGAGGAGCCAGAGGGUCCUGCUGUAUGCGUGCAACCACACCGCGGUCAUCUAUGAUGUCCCCAGGAACACGCAGCACCACCUGCAGGGCCACCCGAACGUCAUCUCCUGCCUGUGUGUCAGUGAGGACCGGCGGUGGAUCGCCACGGCAGACAAGGGGCCUGGCUGCCUGAUCAUCAUCUGGGACGCAUUCACAGGCGUCCCCGUGCACACCGUGUUUGACAGCUGCCCACAAGGGAAUGGCAUCAGGGCCAUCGCCAUCAGCCGAGACGCCAAGUACCUGGCCACCAUCUCCGACGCCGAUGUCCAGGAAGUCUGCAUCUGGAGGUGGACUCUGGCGGUGGAGACGCCCGCGUGCACCCUGCAGCUCCCCAGAGAGCAUGGUUUCCAGAAUUACCUUACUUUUAACCCAGCAAAUAAUAGAGAAUUGGUGAGCAAUAGUAAAACACAGACAAUAUAUUAUUGGUGGCAUGAAGAGAAAGACAUCCUUGUUUACAGUGCUCCGCUUUUAACGGAGAAUACGUUCAACAAGCUGGUGGGGAAGUUCAGCCAGUCCGUCUUCCACCCGAACUCCACCGAGAUCCUCUCGGCGACCUCGGAGGGGAAGCUGGUGGUCUGGGACAUCCUCCGCCGUGCUGCGCGGCCUUCCAGCCCGGCCGACGGCCCCUUCAUCAGGCCUUGCAAGCUGGUUCACCUGCAGAGAGAGGCCAUCAGCGUGCUCACCACGGCGGAUGGCUACAUUGUCACAGGUGACAUUAAGGGCAAUAUCAAGUUCUACGAUCAGACCCUGUGCAUUGCUAACUGGUACAGUCACCUCAACCUGAGCUGCAUAUGGACCCUGUCCUUCUCACCGAGCCCCGCCAGCCCUGCCAUGGAGAAAUCAGACAUCCUGCCAGACUGCACUUUAAAGGGUAACCUUUUCAGCGUCAGGAAUUUCAUCAUCGCAACAUCUGAUGCCACAGUGUACCACUUAACGACAGAUGGCACCACACUCGAGAAAUUGUUCGUGGAGCCCAAGGACGCCGUGUGUGCCAUCUCCUGCCACCCGUACCAGCCGCUGCUGGCCGUGGGGAGCACGUGUGGGGUGAUCAAGGUGUGGGAUUACGAGCAGAAGAAAUACCUGCUCAGCAGGGUCUUUGAGAAGGGGCUCGGCAUCCAGAGCCUGACCUACAACCCCGAAGGGGCCCUACUGGGAGCUGGCUUCACGGAGGGGGCAGUGUACAUUCUCGAUGCGAUGUCUCUGCAAAACGAGACCCCAGAGCCUUUCAAGUACUCUAGAAGCACCGUGACACACGUCAGCUUCUCCCACGACUCCCAGUACAUGGCGACUGCCGAUGUGAACUUCACGGUGGCCGUGUACAUGGUGGUGGUCCGAGGCGGAAGGAGGGUGUGGGAGUACUUGGCACGGCUCCGCUCCCAUCGCCAGAGCAUCUGCAGCCUCCUGUUUGGUGUUUACCUGGACAGCAACGAGCUGCGACUGCUGAGCCUGGGCAGGGACAGGCUCCUGAUCGAGUACAACCUGAGCCAGAGCCACAAGGACCAUCUGGAGGUCCUGGACAUCCACCGCAUCGACCAGGGCCACCAUCCGACCUGCAUGGUGUGGUACCCGCCACUCACCAAGGAGCUCUUCCUGCUGGUCUGCAACAGCGGCUACAAGGUGAAGCUGUUCAAUUCCACCACCAAGAUGUGCAGGAAGACGCUUCUCGGGCCGGUGUACGGGUCUCCUGUGGAGCAAGCGCAAAUCCUACCCGUGAGAACGACCUUGGAGCUGGAGAAGCACUACCUGGUGUUCAUUAACAGAGACAAGGUGGGGCUGCAGACCCUACCGGUGGACGGCAACCCACACAAGACCUGUGCCAUGGUUUGUCACCCGGAUGGGGUGGCAGGGUUGGCCCUGUCGUACGAUGGCCACUACGCCUUCACGGCAGGAGGACACGACCACUCGGUGGUGCAGUGGAACAUCAACCUGAGCGCCCUGGACGCUGCCGUUUCUCUUGGCGGCGAAGACUUGAUCCCGUUCUACGGCCUGGUGCCCGGCGGCAGGGAAGGAAAAUUCUACCGGGAGCUGGAAGAUUAUUUCUUCUACUCCCAGAUCCGCAGCCAGGGAAUCAACACCAUGGGGACCAGGAAAGUGUCGGAGCACAUCUGCCUGUCCGAGGUGCCCUUCGUCAUGAGGGCCAUCGGCUUCUACCCCUCCGAGGAGAAGAUCGAGGACAUGUUUAACGAGAUCAGAUUUAGCGAGUACGCAGACACAGGGAAGCUGAUCGACAGAAUCAACCUGCCCGACUUCCUCAAGGUGUACGUCAACCACAGGCCGCCCUUUGGCAACACCCUGAGUGGCCUCCGGCAGAGCUUCGAGGUGCUGGGCACCCCCAACGCAAAGAGCGAGAAGGCGGUGCGCAGGGAGGCGCUCCUGCGGCUGCUCCUCACCACAGGUGAGCACAUGACUGAGGAGGAGAUGACCGACUGCUUCGCCACUCUGUUGGGCCUGAAUCCUGAGGGCUGGAAAUCCGAGCCUGCAGCCUCAGCGGCUGGCAGAGGUUCAAAAAUCUGCCUCGAAGAGGAACUUCCAGACGAAAUCACUGCGGAAAUAUUUGCGAGUGAAAUUCUUGGCCUAACCAUCUCGGAAGCCCCCGGGGAGGAUGACCAGUAAGGUCAGGGGCAGCAUUUGGGGCACAAAGGCCUCUGUGUGCGCGUUUCCAAAGGCCGCGCUCUCCGUGCUCCUGGCCCUGCUUGAAUCCUGGCAACUAUAGAUAUUAAAAGCAGAUUUCAGGAA